AUGCUUAAGAUACUAGACACAGAUUCUUCCAUGGAAGUUGUCACGAGUUUCCAAAUGAACAACAAAAAAGAAGACGUUUACUCCACUGUAAAAGGGUCAAAACCUGCAGACGAUGUAAUUCUAACUGAAACAAACAGGGAAAGAAACAUACGCAAGGCAUGUGAAUCUCUAGCAGUACAAAUGAUUGACAAGAUUCUCUCAUCUUUUCCUGCAUACGAAGGAAAUGGUAUCCAUCUAAAUCCUCAAAUGGAAGCUGCAAAAUUAGGUGUCGAUGUUGAUGGAGAUAUACCCAAUGAAGUGCAAGAUAUAAUUGUGAAUUGUCUGAAAAUCCCUCAGCAAAUACUUCUUGCCAUGACCACUUACAUACACAGGUUGAAAUCAUUAAUGACAAAAGAAAUAGAGAAAAUUGACAUUAGAGCUGAUGCAGAUAUGUUAAGAUAUAAAUAUGAAAACAAUAGAGUAAUGCAUGAUUCUUCUCCUGAUAAAGCACAUGUUCAACAAUUUGUUGCUGCAGAAGAUGAACUCAAUAAAGCUGCAGAAGCUAGAAGCAUGUGUCAGAAGCUAAAAGUUUGGGAGAAAGAAAGAGAAGCUUCUGGAUUGAAAGCAAGUUUGACAACAUUAAUGUCUAAAGUACAACAAUUAAACAUGUUAUGUGAAGAAAGAAAAGAAGUUGAAGAUUCUUUAAGUAAAAAAUGGAAGAAAAUCGAAGAGUUUGAUGCUCGAAGAUUAGAGCUCAAAUCCAUCUACAGAUGUUGUUGCAUUUUGGAGUCAACAAACAUUAGCUUCCAUCAACCCCACAAGUAUUGUUGGAGUCAAUGGAUGGCAUCUACUAGACCUGAUGCUGUCAUUGCUGCAGAAAAGAAUGCUGCCCUUUUGACUGCUCGAGCUGGUGCCCGAGACCCCUCUGUUAUUCCUUCUAUUUGUCGUGUUUCUGCUGCCCUUCAAUAUCCUGCAUGGUUAGAAGUUUCGGAUUCCGGCUUAGCAUUGGUGUUGGGAUCCAUGGAAUUCUGUUUGAAGUUGCGGGGUUCGGAAGCUUGUGUUUUGGAGGACUUAGCAAAAGCAAUCAAUCUGGUGCAUAUCAGGAGGGAUCUUGUGGAAAGUGGUCACACAUUGCUAAACCAUGCUUAUCACAAUCAACAAGAAUACGAUAGGUAUGAGGGUGGAACUGGAAUCUGUGAUUCUGACGGAAUCGGAAUCCGUGAUUCGGACGGAAUUGGAAUAUGUGAUAUCAUUCCGAUGUCAAAUAAACGGAGUUUAAUUCUAUCUGAAGGUGGAACCAGAAUCAGUGAUUCUGACAGAAUUGGAAUCAGUGAUUCUGAUGGAAUCAGAAUCUGUGAUUCUGUUGGAAUCAGAAUCUAUGAUUCCAUUCUGCUGCCAAAUAAACGGAAUUUAAUUAUAUCUGAAGGUGGAACCAGAAUCAACGAUUACGACAGAAUUGAAAUCAGUGAUUCCGAUGGAACCAAAACCUUACAAAAACAUCAAAUGAAAACCAAAAUUGUAAGAGAACCUUUUGACAUUAUGAUUUAG